CGUCACCGCCUGUUUUUGGGCGCGUGGUGGAGAAUUUCGAAACUUGUUUGGGGCGCGAGCGCGGAGAAAAAAACAGACCGGAAAAUUAGCAAGUUAGCAUUUGAGUUAUGUUUAUUUGAGGUAACGCUAAGCUAAGCAGCGUCUCUAAGCCGUCUAUUAAAUAACGCAUUAUGACUGUUAUUAAAUGAGGUGUAAUGAAUGGCUAAUAGCCGUGUGUGUUAGUCAGAAUGAGCGUUUUGUCAGCUGGGUUGUGGACAUGGAUGACGAGCAGCUUUGAGGACUCUUGGACGCUUAGCUAGCUAGCUGCGGUGGCGAUAACGAGAACUACUAACAGUGUUUUCUCCCUGUGUUGUGAUCCAUGGCUCUGGGUGAGGAAGCCAAACCACUGGGCACGCCGCUCCCACUUCCUGUCCACUUCUCCCACGCCGAGCAGUCUUUCUCCCUGAAGAAGCGUCGUCUCCCGUUCUCCUCGUCCUCUCACUCCUCGUCAUCCAACUCUCCCUCUCGACAACUUCCUCCUCGGCCGCCGUCUAAAGGCUGUCCACCCCUGAGCAGAGUCUUCCCCCAGCGCCGGUCCCCCUGGGCGCCCCUGUCUCGCGCUCUGAUUGAAAAUCCACCGCCUGUUUCCGUCUACGACCCGAGCAAGCCCCAGUCCUUUUUCAGCCAAUGCUUCGUCAACCUCGGCCUCAUCGGGCACGGUUCAUUCGGCGAGGUUUACAAGGUGCGUAGCGUCAUCGAUGGGCGCGAGUAUGCAGUGAAGCGUUCAGCCCAGCGUUUCCGUGGUGAUACCGAGCGAGCACGUUGCGUCCGGGAGGCCCUGAAUCACGAACGUCUGCAUCCUCAUCCUUUCGUGCUGUGCUUCUGCGCUGCCUGGGAGGAGGCGGAGCGGCUCUACAUCCAGACUGAGCUGUGCUGCACAAGUCUGCUGCUGCAUGCCGAAACACAGACCACGACAGCAGGUGAGCUGUGUGCGUGGGAUUACCUCUGUGACCUGCUGUCUGCUCUGAGUCACCUCCACUCACAAGGGUUUGCCCACCUCGACCUGAAACCGGCUAACGUGUUCCUCACGCGCUCUGGACGACUCAAACUGGGUGACUUCGGUUUGCUGCUGGAGCUGGACAGAGAGACGGGGAAGGAUAGUGAUGGCACGAGGGAGAAGGUGGAUGCACAGGAAGGAGAUCCAUGCUACAUGGCUCCGGAGUUGCUCAGGGGAGAAUACGGAGCUGCAGCGGACAUCUUCAGCCUGGGCGUGUCCAUCCUGGAGCUGGCGUGUGAUCUAGAGGUUCCAAAAGGAGGAGAGGGGUGGCAGCAACUCAGAAAAGGCUACUUACCCUCAGAAUUCACUAAUGCUCUGUCCCCAGAGCUGCAGUGUGUCCUCAGGCUAAUGUUGGCUCCAGAGCCCAGAGACAGAGCGACAGUGGAGCAGCUUCUGUCUCUGCCUUCUAUCCGCAAACACAGGUGGAGACGCCAACUAUCCCUCUGUCUAAAAGAGAGCUGGCUGUCUCUUCUUACCCUCAGCCAGUUUGUUUUCUCUGCACUCUUCGGCCUGCUCUCUUCCCUCAAUCUUCCCCUGAUUCCUCGUUGUGACCCUCCUGCACCCCAUACGCCGCCUCGGGAUCCCUUGGACGUAGACGGUGACCUCAGCGUCCUGCAACACAGCAACUCUUUGUUUGACUCAGCCAGUGAUGACCCAGUGUUACUGUCAGGACCCCAGGGGCUGGAACACUCACCUUCAUCACACACACACAGACUUCAGGCCACAUUCUCAGCAGGAAGCACCUCCACACCGCUCCCGACCUUCAGCCCCGCACACACACCCUCGCACACCUCCUCCUUACACACUCCCUCAAAAACCUCCUCCUUAAACACACACUCGCCCCGGCUCAGUCCCAUCUACCUGAGUUCCACUAAACACUCGGAACGCAGCUUCGAGCCCAAAAACCUGCUCACGCUCUUUGACGAAUCUUCACUUGAGAGCGAGCCGUAAAAAAACACCUGUUGUAUUAAGUUCUAAAAACUACAAACAUUUCCGUUGUGGCAUUUUAGACUUUGUGUUUUCUAUUUUUUUAAGACUUUAAGAAAUUAAGAUUGUGUUGUAUAACAUGUCAGAAUAGUGCAAUGCAUUUAAUGUUGCUCUGAUUUUUUUUUAUUAUUAUUAUUCUGUUAAUGUGUAAUGAUUGUGUUAAAACUUGUAUAUCUUUUGUGGAGCUGUUGAUGACUAAAGAUCAAAUUGUGCUCA